AUGUCUGAACAACGUGUUGAAAAUGAUGACAAAGUUUCUCUUUAUACCGAAGAAAAUGUUAAGCAAGAGAUUAAAAAUAUCGUUUGUUCACCGAAUAUGAAAUAUAUGGUUACUAGUGAUGAUGCAUCUUUGAUUUUGUGGACCGUUGAUUUAGAUAAUAACAAAAUCAUAAAAAAUCAAACAUGCGAAGAUUUUCGGGAGCAUUCACCCUCUCUUUUAAGAUUAUCAAAUAGUAACUUAUUGAUUAGUGGUUUUGAGGAUGAAACUGAUUUCUAUGGUCUAACUAUCCUAGAUAUGGAAAAUAUGAAGACUCUGAGAAAUACAAAUACUAAAAUAAAUCCAAGUCACGGAAAUUUUUUACAAUUUCUUCCAAAUGGAAAUCUUCUAUUGUUGCGAGCACAAUAUAUGUUUGUUUUUACAGAAACUUCUUUGAAAAAUUCAACGUAUAAAUAUUCUUCAAAAUAUCGCUUACGCAUGGUCAAUAUUCGAGGUGGCUUAGAAAUGGUUGACCUUCAAAUGCACGACGUGGUCGAUUUUCGAAAAAUAAUUAAAAUGGAGCAAAUAAAUGGAAAAAUUUUCUUUACCCUAAAAGAUUCAGUUAUGAUAAUUCAAGUAAACACAGAAAAAUGGACUAUUGAAAAUAAAUACAUCGUUCCAAAAAGCUAUAAAUGGAUUGGGACAGUAAAUAGCGAUAUGAGUUUAUUUGCAAUAUACUUGAAACAAGCAAAUGGCGCUUUUUUAUGUGUUUAUUCAAUGAAAAAUGGCUUUCUAAUUUCAUCAAGAAAGAUCAAACUUGAGGGUCACGAUACCGAUAUAAAGAUCCGAUUUAUAGAAAGCAAUAAUAUUGAAGUUUUGAUGUUAUAUUCAUUAGACAUAAAGAACGAAGAGAUUAAAUAUGUGGUUACGGAUCCCUAUGAGCUCUCAUACACGUGUGAAUAUAAAUAUGAUCUUAAAAAAUUCAUACCCAAUGGAAUUUUCACAAUUACAAAAUUACCAGCCUCGCAAUAUAAUGAAAUACUUACACAAAUAAUAGAAUAUAACGUUCUCGAAAAGAGUGAUGAAAUUAGUAGAAAGCUGUAUGAUAAUGUCUUUAUCGUUCCCGAUAAGAAUGAUGAAAUGCUAUCUAUUUAUUCAAGAUUUAAAUACAUAAGAGAUUCGUAUGAGGGGAGGAUUAAAAUAGAAGGAGGGAAAGUUGGUGACGUUGGGAAAAAACUGAUAUGGAUUUUCUCUAUUCCUGAUGUUUUAUACGUUUAUAAUAAAACCAAAGAUGUUAAAAUUGUAGAAGACAUUGAUAUAUUUAAAAUUCCUUUAGCUUAUAAGAAUUUAGGCCACGACAUCGAUAUCUUUGGACUUAAAAUGUUGGAUAAUGCUGACGAUGACGUAAUAAUCUAUGACAAAUCUGGAAUCAUUAUUUUUGGCCUUAAAUCCAAUAAGAUUGUUAAGAAAUAUUUUUAUCAUGAUAUAAAAAAAUUUCUUGAAUGCAAAAGAAUUCCAUGCUCAAACCUAGAUAUUCCAGUAGAGGAGGAUAAAAAAAAUAUGAUCAUGGAACUCCUAUAUGCAAAAAUGUAUAUCAUAGAAAAGAGCGAUGAAAUUAUUGAUUUUGCUAUUGAGAAUAAAGAAAGUGAAAUUCUAAGUGAAUGCCUCGACAUAUUAUAUGAGCUCCUUACCAAUGAUAUUGUGACUCAUUUGACUCAUUUUAAAAUCUAUAGAAUUAUCACAAAAUAUCUUCAAAGUUUGUAUUUAGAAUUUCCCAUUCAUUAUUCAAAGUUACUUUCUAAUACCUCAAUUAUUCUAAAUCCGAACAAAGAUGUAUCUUAUUUAUCCAAAGAAAUGCAAUUGUAUUCUCCUAAAUAUAAUUUCUGGAAAGAAUUACUAAAACCACCAACUAAUCCAUUUGUUUCCUUGGAUGAUCAAGCAUUUUAUGAUAGCUGGAAUGCUGAGGCAUUACUCAAUUUCAAAUGGAAUACUUUUGGAAAAUAUUACUAUCGACUUAUGUGGGGAGUUUUUACCAUAUUUUUGGUUUCUUUUGGAGUAGCUUCAACCAUGCCCACAUCUGUUAUUACAGAUACUCUUUUACGUAUUAGCAUUAUUAUUGGUUCAUUUCAUAUUUUUCAUGAACUUAGACAAUAUUUUUGGGAUCCGAUGGAAUAUAUUACAAAUCUAUGGAAUUUUUUUGAUCUUGCUGCAUAUAUUUUACCAGUAUAUACUGCUAUCUUUUGGUUAUGUCGUGAAAAGCCUCAGUUGGCAUUGAUUUCUAUAUCAAAUUUAUUCUUACAUUUUAAAUUUAUCACAUUUUUGCGAGCACUGGAUUACUUUGGUUCUCAUUUUACUAUUAUCGUCGGUGUAGCUAGGAGGAUACUUUCUUUCUUAUUAAUAUUAUUUCUUUUUUUAAUUGGCUUCGCACAUGCUUUUUAUAUUAUUUUGACCCCAAAUGAAAUUUAUGAUAUGAAUCAUCCUGUAAAGAAUGAUGAUCCAAAUAAUCCCUGGAAUCUUGUUGAUCAAUAUCAAUCAGUUUCUCCUGACAACACAAUUAGUUCUGAAAUAGCUUAUAUUAAGCAACCUGAUUCAAAUGUAAAUCAGUUUGCCACUUAUAAAACUUCACUCUUAGCCAUGUAUUUGUUUUUAACGGGAGAUCCUUCGGCACUUAGCUCAUGGACAUAUAUGGAAAAUCCUUUCAUGACAAUUCUGCUAAUUAUGUUUUCAUGCCUAAUUGUUGUUUAUCUCAUGAAUUUAUUUAUUGGGUUGCUUAACUUAGAAAUUGAACAGAAUAAAACACAUUGCCUGUUUAUGCUUCGAAAAGCAAAAGUUUUGGCUGAAAUUGAGCUUUUUCUACUACUUCCAAAUCAACGAAGGUGGCAACAUUGGUUUCCGGAUUUGAUAUUCUAUGAUAUGCCGAUUGAAAAG